UAGAGCUCUUGCUAUCCACCUCACAACAUGACAGUGUGCUCAGUGAAGUGAGGUUCAGACCUGAUCACAGGCAGACAGUACUGGGCACUGACAGCCAUGCAGGGCCGGGCAGGAAAAGCCCCCAACCGGGAGAUGGUGAUAGAGUCACCACAGAAAUAUAAGAGCUGGGCUGAAAUUGAGGCUGAGGUGGAGGCUGGGUCACAGGUGGCAUCGGUCAAGCCCAAAGUCAUAGAGCCUCUGGACUAUGAGAGUGUAAUCUUACAAAGCAAAAUGCAGAUAAUCAGUGAUCCUCUGAGGGACAUGUUGCAGUUCCCGCCGGAUGACUUCCAGAUAUGCACUUUGAUACGCCAGAGCCGGACUGUUUUCUCUUCUGUGCCAGAAAAUGCUGAACAAGACGCACAUUCAUUGUUUGUUCGAGAGUGUAUGAAAAGUUAUAUGUCAGAGUGGAAUGUGGUCAAUUACAAGUAUGAAGAAUAUUCUGGGGACUACCGACAGCUUCCCAAUAAGGUGAUCAGGCUCGAGAAACUGGCCACUCAUUUGUUUGAAGUGGAUGAGGAAGUGGAAAAAGAUGAGGAUACAGACUCGCUUGGGUCUCACAAGGGAGGAGUGUCUAAACACGGCUGGCUGUACAAAGGCAACGUGAACAGUGCAAUCAGUGUUACUAUGCGUUCCUUUAAAAGGCGAUACUUCCAUCUGGCUCAGCUUGGUGAUGGCUCAUACAACCUAAAUUUCUACAAAGAUGAAAACACCUACAAAGAGCCCAAAGGAACAAUCUUCCUUGAUUCAUGCAUGGGCGUUCUUCAGAACAAUAAAGUAAGAAGGUUUGGUUUUGAGCUGAGGAUGCAAGAUAAGAGCACAUUCUUGCUGGCUGCAGAGAGUGAAUUGGAGAUGGAAGAAUGGAUCAGUACUCUUAACAAAAUUCUUCACAGCACCUUUGAACAAACCAUGCAGGAGAGACACCAGAGGGACAUACAAGAUGAUGAGGAUGAUGGAAGAGCUUUAUCUGGAAGUUUUCAAGAUAGUUUUCAGACGACCAAAGAUAGUGAAUUUAAGAUUAGGAGUGAAGCCAGGUUGAAAUUGAUUACUUUGGACCCUGACACACAGAAACUGGAUUGCACAAGCAUUGAGCCAGAUGUGAGUCAAUUUGAGGAAAAAUUCGGGAAGCAAAUCUUGGUCAGCUGUCAUGACUUGUCGUUCAACCUGCAGUGCUGCAUUACAGAGAAUGAUGAGGGGCCGAUAACUAAUGUGGAACCUUUCUAUUUGGUUCUGUCCCUUUUUGACAUUCAGAACAGCAGAAAAAUAUCAGCUGAUUUCCACGUGGAUCUCAACCACCCUUUGGUCCGACGAAUGACACCAGGUUUUGCUUGCGGCCACGACUUGGACAGGAACGUUUGUAAGGGUGAAGAUCCCUUUAGUAGGAGAAGGCUUGCUAAUGGCUUUCCAGAGACACUUCUCCAAUAUACCAAACAGGCAGUGUUUUCAGUCACGUGCCCCCAUCCCGAUAUCUUCCUGGUGGCGAGGAUUGAGAAGGUCCUCCAAGGGGGUAUUACCCACUGCAGUGAACCCUACAUGAAGAGCUCAGACUCCACAAAGAUGGUGCAAAAGGUACUGAAAAAUGCAAAACUGGCCUGCAGCAGAUUAGGCCAGUACCGGAUGCCAUUCGCUUGGUCUGCAAGACCUGUGUUCAAAGAUGCAUCAGGAAAUUUGGACAAAAAUGCUCGUUUCUCAGCUCUUUACCGACAAGACAGCAGCAAGUUGUUGGAUGAGGACAUGUUCAAACUGCUCGCUGACUUUAGAAAUGUUUUAUGGUACUCUCCCAACAGACCAGAGAAAAUGGCCAAACUUCCUGUGCUGCUAGGGAAUCUGGAUGUAACUAUUGAAUAUGUGACCCCAGAUCUGACCAAUUGCUUCACUUCGUCCUAUAUCCCUUUGCGGAACUUUGAAAUAAAUGGGUCGAACAGCACCACUCUGGAGGUGGAGGAAUUUGUACCCUCCAUUGCCAAGUGCUCCCAACCUUUUACCAUCUAUAAAAACCAUCUUUAUGUCUAUCCAAAGCAGCUCAAGUAUGAUGGUCAGAAAUCUUUCGCUAAGGCCAGGAAUAUUGCAGUUUGCAUUGAAUUCAAGGAUUCUGACAAGGAAGAAGCACAGCCACUUAGGUGCAUCUAUGGGCGUCCUGGAAAUUCUCUCUUCACAAAGAAGGCCUUUGCAGCUGUUAUGCACCACCAACAAAACCCUGAGUUUUAUGAUGAGAUAAAGAUAGAGUUGCCAACUCAACUGCACCAAAAGCAUCACCUACUUUUUACCUUCUAUCACGUUAGCUGUGACAGCAACAACAAGAAGAAAGACUUGGUGGAGACACCAGUGGGCUCAGCAUGGUGGCCUCUGCUAAAAGAUGGUAGGGUCAACAUACAACACCAGCAGCUACCCGUGGCUGCUCAUUUGCCUGCAAGCUACCUAAGCUCCCAGGAUGCUGUCACUAAGCAUUCUGCGUUGGGUAUCAAGUGGGUUGAUGGAGGAAAGCCUCUGUUCAAAGUCUCAACGCAUCUGGUUUCCACAAUUUACACUCAGGAUCAACACUUGCACAACUUCUUUCACCACUGUGAAAGCACUGAAUUGUCAGAACAAGGAUCAGAGGGCGAGCUGGUGAAAUUCUUAAAGAGUCUCCACGCAAUGGAAGGUCAUAUUAUGGUGAACUUUUUGCCCACCAUUCUUAACCAGCUGUUCUGUGUCCUGACUAGAGCCUCAAAUGAAGAUGUGGCUGUCAAUGUGACAAGGGUAAUGGUGCACAUUGUAGCACAGUGCCAUGAAGAAGGACUUGAGCAUUACCUGAGGUCUUAUGUCAAGUUUGUCUUUAAACCAAGGCCUUAUUCUUCGAACAAUGUAAAUAAGGUUCACGAGGAGCUAACAAAGGCCAUGACAGCAAUUCUGAAGCCGUCCACUGAUUUCCUAACAAGCAACAAGCUGCUUAAGCACUCUUGGUAUUUCUUUGAAACGUUGAGCAAAUCCAUGGCUCAUUAUCUCACAGACAGUGGUAAAGUCAAGCUCCCAAGAAACCAAUGCUUUUCUUCCUCCUUCAACCAUGCAAUCGAGAUCUUGGUCAAUAUGCUGAUGUCUCACAUCACCCAGAAGUUCAAGGACAACCUGGAUGCUGCACGCAAUGCUAAUCAAAGCCUGGCAGUUUUCAUUAAGCGCUGUUUCACUUUUAUGGACCGGGGAUUUGUGUUCAAGCAGAUCAAUAACUACAUGAUUUGCUUCACACCUGGCGACCCCAAGACUUUGCAUGAAUUCAAAUUUGAGUUCCUUAGGAUUGUGUGCAACCAUGAGCAUUACAUCCCACUCAAUCUCCCCAUGUCAUUUGGAAAAAGCUGCAUACAUUGGUUCCAAGAUCAACUGGAGUAUUCACUGACUGAUGACUUCUGUCGAAACCACUUCCUGGUGGGUCUGCUGCUGAGGGAGGUGGGUAGUGCCUUAAAGGAGAACCAAGAAAUUCAGCACAUGGCCAUCCAGGUGCUGAAGGGGCUGAUGAUUAAACAUGCAUUGGACGAUCGCUACGCUGCCAGAGGCCAUCAGGCUAGACUUUCCAACCUCUACUUGCCGUUGUUUGGCUUGGUGCAGAAGCACGCCAGAAGGCUGGAAGGCAAGGAUUUCGUCCCUCCUAGUCAUCGCAAUAACCCGCAAGAGGAUUUGUUGGGAAUGAACUCUUUGCUGACCCGUCAGAAGCAGACCACUUACAAAGAUGUUUUUGGAGCAACUUCUCCUUAUAGCUCCAUUCCCACUUUUGGCUCAGUUCACCUUGCAGACUCCAGAGGCUCCCUGGUCUCCACUGAUUCUGAGAACAGCCUGCUAGACAAGAAUUGUGAUAGGGCACACUUCCUGGAAAAGAACCACUGUAUAUCAACUCUGGGGAGCGCUGUGCCGCAUUGUAACAAAAUGAACCAAGAUGAGAGCAAAAACCUGCUCAUGUGUUUUUUGCAUAUCCUUAAGAAUGUGUCAGAAGAUGCCCUUUGUACGUACUGGAAAAAAGCAUCACCAUCUGAGCUGAUAGACUUUUUUACAAUACUGGAAGUUUGUCUUCAUCAAUUUAGAUACAUGGGGAAGCGAGUCAUUGUCAGGAAUCUUGAAGCGGCAAUGCCUCUUGGUCCAGACAGGAAGUCCUUGACUCUGCCUGUGUCUCGUAACAGGGCGGGAAUCAUGCCUGCCCGCUUACAACAGUUUGGGACAUUGGAGAACUCGCACGCAGUUAACAACAUGUAUUCCUAUACAGAAGCUGAAGUGACCAGCCAAUGCUUGCUGGAAGCAAACGUGUCCACAGAGGUGUGCCUGACUGUGCUGGACACACUCAGUAUCUUCAUUAUGGCAUUCAAGAGCCAGCUGAACUCAGAUCUAGGCCACAACCCAUUGAUGAAGAAAGUAUUUGAGGUGCAUCUAUGCUUACUGCAGAUCCCUCAGUCUGAAGCUGCUCUCAAACAGAUUUUCACCUCAUUGAGAACCUUUAUCUACAAGUUCCCCUGCACAUUCUUCAAUGGCCGAGCAGACAUGUGUGGCUCCUUAUGCUAUGAAAUUUUGAAGUGUUGCAACUCGAAACUAAGUUCCCUCCGCAAUGCUGCAGCCAAUCUUCUUUACAUCCUAAUGAAGAGCAACUUUGACUACACCGGACGUAAAUCGUUUGUCAGAAGCCACCUGCAGGUGAUAAUUGCUGUCAGUCAGCUGAUUGCUGAUGUCAUUGGCAUCGGUAGCACGCGUUUCCAGAGAUCUCUGUCUAUCAUUAACAACUGUGCAAAUGCUGAUCAAAGCAUCAAGCACACUGCGUUCCCAUUAGAUGUGAAGGACCUGACCAAACGAAUCAGAACAGUGCUGAUGGCCACUGAGCAAAUGAAGGAGCAUGAAAAUGACCCAGAAAUGUUGGUGGAUCUCCAAUACAGUUUAGCUAAGUCCUACACAAGUACACCAGAGCUCCGCAAGACUUGGCUGGACAGCAUGGCACGAAUCCAUACUAAAAAUAGUGACCUUUCGGAGGCAGCCAUUUGCUACGUGCAUGUUGCAGCUCUGGUUGCCGAGUACUUGUGGAGGAAAGGAAUGUUCAGACAUGGUUGCUCAGCUUUUCGUGUCAUCACUCCAAACAUUGAUGAAGAGGCAGCCAUGCUGGAGGAUGUAGGGAUGGAAGACGUUCAUUUUAAUGAGGAUGUAUUGAUGGAGCUGUUGGAGGAGUGUGCUGAAGGUCUUUGGAAUGCAGAGCGCUAUGAGCUCAUUGCUGAUGUCUACAGGCUCAUCAUUCCCAUCCAUGAAAAACGCAGAGAUUUUGAGAAACUGACACACGUGUAUGAUACGCUCCACCGUGCCUACACCAAAGUUUUGGAAGUGAUACAUACUGGAAAGCGUGUGCUUGGUACAUACUUCAGAGUGGCAUUUUUUGGACAGAGCUUUUUUGAGGAUGAAGAUGGCAAAGAAUACAUCUACAGGGAGCCAAAGUUCACACCUCUGUCUGAGAUUUCACAAAGGCUCUUGAAGCUGUAUUCGUACAAGUUUGGUCAAGACAAUGUGAAAAUUAUUCACGACUCAGGAAAGGUGAAUCCAAAGGACCUGGACUCCAAGUAUGCCUACAUUCAGCUGACGCAUGUUGUGCCAUACCUCGAUGACAAGGAGUUGGAGGAAAGGAAGACCAACUUUGAAAAAAGCCACAAUAUUCGUCGUUUUGUGUUUGAGACACCCUUUACAAUUUCUGGCAAGAAACAGGGUGGUGUGGAAGAGCAGUGUAAACGACGAACCAUUCUAACCACCACCCACUGUUUCCCUUAUGUGAAGAAGCGCAUUGCUGUAAUGUACCAACACCAAAGUGAUCUUAGCCCUAUCGAGGUCGCCAUUGAUGAGAUGAGUGCGAAAGUGACCGAACUGCAGUUGCUGUCCUCGGCCUCUGAGGUGGACAUGAUUCGCCUACAGCUUAAAUUGCAAGGAAGCGUCUGUGUUCAGGUCAAUGCUGGCCCACUUGCUUAUGCCAGAGCCUUUUUGGAUGAUAUUUGUGCCAAGAAAUAUCCAGACAAUAAGGUCAAACAGCUCAAAGAGGUCUUCAGGAAUUUUGCAGAGGCUUGUGGCCAGGCACUGGCUGUAAAUGAACGGCUGAUUAAAGAGGAUCAGCACGAGUAUCAUGAUGAAAUGAAGGCUAACUACAGGGAUCUUACCAGGGAGCUAUCAAAUAUCAUGCAUGAGCAGAUUAACCCAGUGAACGAUGGCAACAGCGGCUCUCUGUCUGACUCAAUAGGCCUCUACAGUACAAUUGGUGGCACAUCCAGCAGUGGCACAAUGUUCUGAUAUUUUUAUAUCAAAUACUAAGCUCUACCUUUUUUGUGAUUUAGUCC